AUGGAUCUAGUCCAACUUGACGCGCUUUGCUCAGACCUCACCGUCGCAGCGAGAGCGUUCAAAUCGCUUUGCGAAAAUAGUGGUAACAACCGCAGUCCGGACAACAAUGUCUCGGUCAAGGAACCGCUUUUUCUCUCGGCAAAUCCCCUCGAUGCCGAACAUGAGAUUGCCAUGGCGAGGAGGAACCUUUGUGGUAUUACCACGCGUUUGCAGACGCUACUAUCGGGACCGACAUGUUUUAUUCGCCGGAUGGCUGCGCAGAACCAACUACUCGCCUGUCUCAAAUGGCUGGGCGAAUUCCAAAUUACAGCCUAUGUUCCCUUGAGCGACAGUAUUUCUCUCGACGAACUGGCCGAAUUGGCCGAUGUCCCGGAACACACGCUUAGUCGGGUUGUGAGGAUGACCGCGACGGCGGGCUUCUUACACGAACCACAAUUGGGUUAUGUCGCGCAUACGCCCCUAUCCUUGGCUUUUACAAACGAACUCCUAUACUUUGAUGCCGCCAUGUUUCUGGCCAAUAAAGUCGCUCCUUUGGCGCUGGAUCUGACGCCGUUUGAGCAGAAGCCAAACCAGGCUGGCUUGAAUAUUGCGGGCAUGCAGUCGUUUGACUCUUUCGCUACACAUCGCGCUCAGGAGCCGCAACUCAAUCGGCAGUGGCUUGCUUAUUGCCACAGCGUGGGUAGUACGCAGAAUGAUCUUGGUGCUUUGAUCAAUUUGUUGAACUGGCAGAGUCUUGGAGACGCGUCAGUUGUCCAUAUUUGUGACCGAUACACCAAGUCAUCACAGGCUCUCGCACAUAUUUCUAAUGGGCUCCGCGUAAUGGUACAAGCGUACGACUACGCGCCCACAGACUCACCGUUGACUGGCCCCGAAGAGGAGCAGGAGCCUCAAAUUAUCCACAACAUCAAUGUUCAGCGAAGGAAGCCAACAGCGGCGCAGCCAGUAGGUGAAGCGGCUGUAUAUAUCCUACAGCCGUCAUUUGACGCCCGAAGUACUGAUGAAUAUUCUCCUCAAGAGCUCCUCACCCUCGAGUUGCAGUCGCAUUUCAGGGUUCUGCGAAACAACGUGUCUGCUCUGCUGAUCCUGGCCCCCAAAAUGCUGCCAGAACCAGGCUCUGUGGCGCUCAACUUGGAGGUGCAAGCGCGUUUACUAGAUUUUGCAGAGAUGCAGUUCACUCGAAAGAGCGCUGUAGAGGUGACUGAGCUGUUCAAGCUGACUGAGAGCAUUUGCGAUGCGCACGGAAGACUUAUGGUAACCAAACGUCUUCGGUCAGCUGAUGGAGCUACCAUUGCUUUAGCUGUCAAAUAUCAGGCGUUCUCGGACCGUAGUGAGCUUGUAUAA